UGGACUCGACUCAACCUCUCAAGGUCCCUUACAUGAGAUAUAUUAUUUUGACCUAGCAAACUGCUGUCAGGUUUGUGUGGCCAAAUCUCCCUGUAUUGCAUAGGCCCCUUGCCUUCUCUGUGAGUGUGUGGAGGUGGGGGUAGGGGGGUGUGGUUGUCAGCAGUGAAAUGCUUUACGUUUUGCAGGUGCCGACUUCUGGUGAUGGCCAAAUUUAAUGUGGAGGUAGAUUGGAAAGUGCUGUGUAAAUGCUUAUGACAAAUGUCUACACCCCAGACUCCUGUAAUUGUCAGAAGUGAACUGAACUAGAAAGUCAGUCACCCAGAUCCCUGCUCUUUGGAAAAGAAGUCACUGAGUUUAAACUCCUCCCAUCUCUUCCCCCAAAAAAACUUCCUGGUCACAAGAGACUCUGAAAAGCACACAAGCUCUCUGGCUUUGGGAACUGCAUUCAUGCUCCGUUGCCUUUGUUUAUUGCUUGUGUCCCAAUGAUCUAUUAACGUGAGCGCUGGGUUAAUAGCGGAUCAUCGAUGGUUUUGGUGGAUUCUCUGUCAUUGACUGUUUUUAAAUCUACGCUGGAUUUUUUUCUCCCCCCUAAAAGAUCUGCUCUGUGAAUUAUUCUGGGGAAGUUUUACAGCUUGCACGGCACAGCAGAUUAGAAUAGGAGGUGAUCAUGAUGGUCUUUCCUGGGGCCUUGGAAUCGUUGAAAUCCAUGCCUAAGACUUGAAGAGAAAACUACCUCUUGCAUCCCUUGAGAACAUUUUGAUGAGCCCUAAUGGUCAAAGAUCUUCUGAGGUAAAACUUGAGCAAGGAGGGACACCAGCGUUCAGGGCUUGAAGGGAUAUAGGGAAGAAAUGACAGCUGCAUAAACAUCUCUUCCUUUCCUUUUUUGAGAGUCCGAACAGAACUCUGCCAAAAGUAACUCAGCUUUUCCAGCUUGUAGAAAACCAGCCAUCGGCUUAUUUAGGAGAGCGCCUUCAGAAAGGAAAGCAGCAUGUACACGUUCCUGCCUGAAAACUUCACCCCGGUGAAGCCGAAGCCGUCCAAGGAGCUGAAACCCAUGAUCGGUGCAAUAGUUGUGGGGCUCAUCCUACUCAUCGCGGCGGUGGUGGCCUGGUGCUAUUACACGGCGUCACUGAGGAAGGCGGAGCGGCUCAAGACGGAGCUGAUGGACCUGCGGAAGGAUGGGUUCGUCAUCAAAAACCAGCAUGGAGAGGUGGUCUUCAGACUGGCCUUCCAGUCGGGCAGCCUCGACCUGGAGUCCUGCUCGAAAGAAGGGGAGAUUUUAACCUGCACCAGGUCGGACAAAGGGAAGCUGAAUUUCUUCAUUCAGACGGUCAAGCCCAAGGACACGGUGAUGUGCUACCGCGUCCGCUGGGAGGAGUUUGUGGCGGACACGGCGGUGGAGCACACCAUGUUCUGGGAGGACGCUCACUGGUACGGGGGCUGCGAAAUGAGCGUCCAGCACUGGCCAAUUAGGCUCCCCGGGUACCAGGAGCCCACGCCCUUUGUGACGAGCGACGUGUAUUCCUUCAGGGACAGCUUUGGAGGCAUCUUGGAGAGGUACUGGCUGUCCUCGAAAGCAGCGGCCAUCAAGAUCAACGACUCGGUGCCCUUCCACCUGGGGUUCAACGCCAGCGAGCGGUCGCUCUUCUUUCAGGCCAGGUAUAAGGAUUCUCCCUACAAACCUCCCUUGGGCCAGCAGCCUUUCCCGGAGCUGAGCUACCGCGUCUGCGUCGGCUCGGACGUGACUUCCAUUCACAAAUACAUGGUGCGGAGGUACUUUAACAAGCCUUCCAAGAUCCCGUCGGAAAUCGCCUUCCGCUAUCCCAUCUGGUCCACGUGGGCGCUCUACAAAAACGAUAUUGACCAGGAUAAGCUGUUGCGUUUUGCAGAAAAGAUUAAAAAGUACCGGUUUAAUUGCAGCCACAUUGAAAUCGACGACACCUACACACAGACUUACGGAGACUUCGACUUUGACCCAGUCAAAUUCCCUAAUGUGACUGAAAUGUUCAAGACGCUGAAAAAAGAGGGAUUUAAAGUUACCCUGUGGACGCAUCCCUUUAUAAACUACAAUUCCUCCAAUUUUGGCGUGGGAAUAGAGCGGCAGCUCUUCAUCAAGGAGCCGACGGGGAAACUGCCCGCCAUGGUGAAGUGGUGGAACGGCAUUGGGGCCAUCUUGGAUUUUACCAAUCCCGCGGCCAGGGAGUGGUUUCAGAGCCAGCUGAAACAGCUGCGGUCCAAGUACGGCAUCGCGUCCUUUAAGUUUGACGCCGGGGAGGUCAGCUACCUCCCGAAGCAGUUCAGCACUUUCCGGCCCUUGUCGGACCCCAACAUCUGGUCCAGACGGUACACGGAAAUGGCCGUUCCGUUCUAUGAGCUCGCCGAAGUGCGGGUCGGCUACCAGUCCCAAAACAUCUCGUGCUUCUUCCGCAUCAUCGACCGGGACUCUGUUUGGGGAUAUGAGCUUGGCCUCAAGUCUCUGAUCCCUACCGUGCUCACCAUUAGCAUGCUGGGAUACCCUUUCAUUUCAGCUGAUAUGAUUGGUGGGAAUUUUUUCCCCAACAAGACGGAAGGGGCUGUUGAAAUCCCAGACCAAGAGUUGUACAUCCGCUGGCUGGAGCUGUCGGCCUUCAUGCCCUCCAUGCAGUUCUCAAUACCCCCCUGGCUCUAUGACAAGGAAGUGAUUGAGAUUGCACAGAAGUUCACAGAGCUGCAUGAGUCGCUGGUCGCCCCUCUCCUGUUGGAACUGGCUGGGGAGGUCACCGACACAGGAGACCCCAUCAUACGGCCCAUCUGGUGGAUUUCUCCCAACGACAGAUCCACCCAUGAAAUUGACUCCCAAUUCCUCAUUGGGGACACCCUCAUGGUGGCCCCCGUCCUGGAGCUGGGCAAGCAAGAGCGCGAUGUGUACCUCCCGGCCGGCAAAUGGCGCAGUUACAAAGGGGAGCUGUUUGAGAAGACCCCGGUCCUGUUAACGGACUAUCCCGUGGACUUGGAUGAAGUUGCCUAUUUCCUCUGGGUCUCUUAACCGACAACUCCAUCAGCUCUAAACUUUGUGACAACCAUGCCUUACUUCAGGAUCUGAAAACUAACCAUUCUAAACGCACAGUACGUGCCUGGGAGGGUCUAGUGUGGGAAUGGGAAACUAACAGGACUGUGGUUUUUAAAUAUCCUAUAUCUUGUCAACGAAACUUCCAGUUUGAGCUGGGGGUGGGUGUGUAUAAUUGCAGAAGGAGUAAUAUCACCCGGUGCAUCUAGGAACCCAACGCCUUUUCAGAUCUCUGAAUUGAAGAGGUAGACGCAGCCUUGGGCUUGUCGUGGCGUAGGCGGUAGUGAUUUUUUUUCUCCUUCAGAAACACGGCUCCUAGGGGAGGGGGCGGGGCUACAAUAUUAGCCACGGCCCCUUCCCCCCUUUCUACAUGCAGCCUAUGAAUCCAAAUCCCAUAGUGCAAUGCUCCAUCUUGAGCGCCAUGAAAUGAAGCAAUGCAUGCUGGGGCCUGGCGUCCUUGGCCCCCGCCUCUCCCCAGAGCGAGUGUCGUUGCUGCGGUCCGCACGGUGUUAAUGCGAAGGACGUGUCGUCCUGGAGUUGUUGCCAGUUUCAUGGCUGGUCUGCAGCUGAUCCCAGGGAUGAAAGAUGAGUUGGAAGGGAACAGGAAGCACAGGACAGUGGGUUACUACAGCACAGCGGCCUUAUAUUUGAUAAUGUGGCAAGUAUUAUUUACAAGACUUUUUUUAAGGGAUAAAUCGAUAUAUUUUUCCUUAGCACUGGACUGGACGUCAAAUACCCAGUCCCCUUAUUCUCUCGAGUCCUAGGCGGGCCAGGCUACUCGACUUACUGCACAUAUUUUAACUGUACGUCAUGUAUCAGGGCACGUUGCAUUAUCUCGUCCUAGCCUGUGGCUAAUACCUCCUGGAAGAAUCUCUCUCCCCUACCGAGCAGCAUUUGUCCUGUGUAUCUUCUUUCACGGGAGUAAACUGGAGUUCUUUGUUGCACAUUUAUCCUGCAGAUACUUUUUCCCUUUUAAAGAGGUGCUGGCGGCUUGGUUAUUUGGUAGAGAAUUGUCAGAAGCCAAGUAACGGCUCAAAAGCUGCAUGUGCCACUCCCCAGAGACGCCGCCGCACCCAAACGGAUCCAAUGGUUUUGCUGCUGCUCAACUUAUCAGUAUGGAAAUUGAUGACGUUUGCACUGAACAGGGCUGUGCUCAUCCAUUGUUUCCAAGGGGAGGUUAUGGUACUGGAGGUCUAAUUAAGCUAAUAUUGCACUGCAGUCUCUUUAGUGGUCUCAAUUUUGUCUAAUGUCUCUUGGGCCAGCUUUUCUCUGUGUUGCUAUUUCUAAAGAGCCCCGUGCUCAGGAGCUCCCAUGCAGGCACCUGAAUGAAGGGCCCAUGGAAGCUGUUGGGUACCGAGCGCUUCAGAAAACAUGGCCCCCAGAAGUAGGCACUCUGAAGUUUUGGCCCGAAGGUCAGAUGGGAUUGUGAUGGUUUGUUCACUGGGACCCUCUUGGGACUGUCCCUUGCUGUGCUGGAAUACCACUGUGCACCGCCCCUUCCUGCCCUCCUCGGUGCCCCUCAACUCUGUCCUGCUGAGCCAGGCCCUCGGGUCUGCUCCAGCCCAGACAGGGAUAGGGGCACGGCCCUUGCCAGUGUAAUCUAGACACUGAGAUCAGCCGAGAUAAAGGCUCAGCCUCCGCUCCCAUCUGCACAGCCCCAGUGGGCCAUGAACCCCAGAUAAACCUGUCUUGCUCUGCGUAAAAUGUUAAGCUUUUGUUAGCUCUUUUUCUCAUGGUAAAGAGAGGGGCACAGCUGCUUGCUCCCUCCAGCUAACGGUUAUUUACACUGGGUUUACUAAUAAAGAAGUGAUUUUUAUUAAGUAUAAAAAAUAGGAUUGAAGUGGCCAGAAGAGCUGGCACCCAGGACAAAGUAGGUUACUAAAUACAAUAAAACAGAACAUGCCAGCUAAGCUUAAUACAACAUGUAACUAGCUUCUUUAGUGUAUCUCCCCCUCAAAGUGGUUUUCAUAAGCUGCUUUCAUGGACUGGAACGUCUCCCCUUCUAGCCCCAAUCCUGCCCCCCCC